GAUCCACACACGCUUCAGAUUUAGAUCUGUGGAGGAUGGGGUUGAACUCGUACUGUAAAGAUGUGUUGAAGCUGGAGGUUUAGCGCCAAAUUAAAGGUACUCCUCCCUGACGUUGAAGCCUGGAGUCAUCUGGUGCUCUACAAGGCGCCAGCUCAGAGGAACUCACCAGCCCGGCCUGCAAACACAGACACACACAGAGAAGCUACAGGUCGGACCAACAGGCGGAGAACUCACAGAAUAUCCUUAUAUUUAUUACUUUAAGGCGGAUGAUAGGGAACUCUAAGCGCAGACUCUUGGGGUUUACUCUGAAACAGAUUCCUACCCCCUGUGUAUGAUGCCAGGAAAAAGGGAAGAAACAGAACCAAAGUCUGCAGCUCCCGAGGCGCAUAAAGAAAGUACAGUACGAUCGAGGAAGAGGAAGGCAGAUGUUGCCAUUUAUUUACAAGAUGUGGAUGAAGAGGUAGCAGAGAUGACUAAGAAGAAGCAGCGCGACUGUGAGGUGAGCUGGAGUCCUGAAGCUGGUCACACGAGUCCACAAAGGUGGAUCCCCACGCCUGAUCAAGAAGAGGACCAACCAGUCUCUCUGAUCAACGCCGGCUUCCCUCAUUACAACUUUAACAACAUAUUUGCAACCCCUGUGCACUGUGCCCCUCUUCCUGCGCUGUGCUGGGCCAGUAAGGAUGUGGUUUGGAGCAACAUGUUGGAGAAGGAUAAAACUUACACCAGAGACGUCCACAUGAUGGACAAACAUCCUCACCUGCAGCCCAAGAUGAGGGCAAUCCUUCUGGACUGGCUCAUGGAGGUGAGUGAGGUGUACAAACUGCACAGAGAGACGUAUCACCUCGCUCAGGAUUACUUCGAUCGCUUCAUGGCCACACAGAGAAACGUCUUCAAGUCCACGCUGCAGCUCAUCGGCAUCGCCUGUCUCUUCAUCGCCGCUAAAGUAGAGGAGAUGUAUCCUCCUAAGAUCUACCAGUUUGCCUACGUCACAGAUGAGGCCUGCACUGAAGAUGAGAUCCUUAGUAUGGAAGUCAUUAUUAUGAAGGAGCUGAAGUGGAGCCUCAGCCCACAGACCCCCAUCUCCUGGCUCAAUGUUUACAUGCAGGUAGCAUACCUGAAGGAAACCGACGAGCUGCUCAUCCCCAAGUACCCGCAGGCCACCUUCGUACAGAUCUCAGGGUUGUUGGACCUGUGCAUGCUUGACAUGCGUUGCCUUGAAUUCUCCAACGGCAUCCUGGCUGCUUCAGCUCUGUUUCACUUCUCCUCUCUGGAGCUGGUGGAAAACGUCUCAGCUCUGAAGAGGGUGGAGCUAGAGGAGUGUGUGAGGUGGAUGGUGCCGUUUGCCAAAGCUCUGCAGGAGUUUGGUGGGUCGACGAUGAAAACAUUCCCGGGAAUCACUGCAGAUAACACGCACAACAUCCAGAUACACACCUCCUACCUGACAUGGCUGGAAAAGGCCUACUCGUACCAGGAUGAGGAGCUGGAGCGUCACAGCGGCUGUCCGGUCCCAUCAGGAGUCCUGACUCCGCCCCUGAGCAUUGAGAAAACAGAGGAAUCAGUCAGAGUGGAAGCUGUGGCGCCGAAAAUCAAGCCCAGGAUGCGUACGCCAUCCCCUCAACAUUUCCUGCCACAGUAGAGACGCAAACUCACUGCGACGAACAAGAGGACGACGAAUCCUCACGAAACCUCUACGGCACCAGUUCACACCUGGUCAAUGGGAAUAGUGUUUCCUCCUUCCAAAGUUGGUCCAGGUGCUUUUAAACGACACUGCUGUCGGGGACGAACACCAGGCGCCGCCGUACAGUGAGGAAACAUCCCCACAGGAAGCUCACCUAUUUAACCCUUCGAAUCCUGGAUCAGACACACAGCAGAGACUGGCUCUGGAUCAGACGGCUCAACAUGAGAUUUUUAUUUUUUUUAUUUUUGAGGAGCAUCGCAGUUCCACAUGCAUGCAUUAAAUACCGACCACACCUUCAUUUAGUGGUCUCCUCUUUUUUAUUUUCUAUGCAGAGGCCAAAAUGUUUGAACAUUAAUCGAGUCUCUUCUUGAUUUAAUUUUUUUCUCUGUGUGUGUGUGCUUGUGUGUGCAUGUGUGUGUGUGACAGGGGAUAUUCUGUUUUAUCUUUUAGUGGCUUCAUUUGCCCAAAAACUAUCCAUGGGGUCAAACCUGACUCUGUGUGCUGCUAUAAAGUGGGCUUUGUAUUAUGGAAGGGGGGAGUGCGUGUACGUGCGUGUACGUGUGUGUGCGUGUGUGUGCUGUUGCUGGUUCUACACUGCCAUUAUGUUGGAGAAAGCAUACCUUUGUUUUGCUUAGGGACCAGUAGCUUGGCUACCUUAAUGGACAGGUGACUCAGCCGGGCUUCUGAAGCUCAAACAUUGAUUGUAUUUAAAUUUUUAUCCCAACUGGUUUUGUUUUCCCGUCGCCACAAUGUAAGAUUUCUAUUGACUUUUAAAAUAAAAUGCUGCUACAUAUUUUCAAUUAAAGACGCUUUCUGAGGACUUUUCUCAACAUCA